GAGGGGCGCGCUGCCCGUGAGGAGCCAGAACGAGAGCGCCAAGGCGGCGGGCGGCGACGUGGACAUCGUGGCCAUGCCGGCGUCGCGCAGCUGGUUCCCGUACGGUGUGCACACCGCCGCGAUUUCCGACGCCAUCGAGAGGUAGCGAGAGGUCGGCAGGUCCGACGCCGUUGUAGGAAAGAGGUGCCGCCGCUUCCCGCGACGGGCGCUUACAUGGCGCAGGCCCCGACGGGCACGUCCGCGCCUGGCUGACCGCGAUUGCGGCCCCACCCCCCUCACUUCAUGCCGCCGCCACCGCGCGCGCAUGUCUCCCGCCCACCAUACAGCCCUCGGCGCGUCCGACGUGUGCCACACCCACUCGCCCACUCGCAGACCCGCGAACCCGCAUCUACCCGCGUACUCAGCGAAACGCACACCGGCCGCACACGCUCCCCCGACUUCUUCAUCUGGGGGGCUCGUUCGCGCAUCCGCAGCGAAGGGAGAAGUAGGAUCGGCGUAUGUGCAAGAGGGUGUGGCCGCGCCAGUGAGUAUUCCAUCAUCUCACCCUUCGCGGCUCCCCUCUCUUCCCACUCCUCUUCCUGCCUCCGGUACCUGCGCGCCCCCUCUCGCACGACACGCGCGUGCCCGCCGAACGCUCCCGCCCCCCUCCCCAACUCCCCCUCUCUCGCGUGCACAUCGCGUGCUCCUCCCUCCGGCCAGCGCGCAACCUCCCCGCCGAGUCGCCUUCAUCUCGCGACCUGGCGGGGCCUGCUCGCGCGCCCCUCCUUUACCCCACGUCCGACGCGCAGCCGCCCUCGAUCAGCGGGCCUGCUCCCCGGUCCGAACGCGGGCGCGAACCCCCACCUCCCGCGUGCUCGCGCUCGCCGUCGCUCCUGCGCUUCGCCGUUCCGCCCACCCCGCUCAUCCCUUCAUUUGCAGCACCUCUACUCGUCAGUGCUCCAGCGGGCCCUCUCCCGCCUCCCCUCUCGAAUGCGCUGCGUGGCUCUGCGCUCUCGCCAACAUCUGGCCGGCUCAACCGCUUGUGCACACCCCCUCCCACCAGCUGCGAGGAUGCACGAUCUUGCUGUGCUCCUCCCUGCUGCCCGGCUGAUGCGAAGGGGGGAGACCACGCCUGCGCCCGCGCCCAUGUUCAACACGAAGGAGCUGCCGGCGACCAGCCGCACAAGGACCCAGUCCAGGCUGGUGCUCCAUGCAAAGGUCCGGUCGUUCGCGCCGAUGGACCACACGAAGGCGAGCGAGACCUCGCGCAUACGCAUCCAGUAGCCGCCCCGGCCCCUGGAGGCUCGUAUGGGGGACGCCCCGCCGUCGCAUCGCGCGAAGC